CGCUCUACCCUUUCAACUCCAUCUCUUCUCUUUCGCCACUCAUUUCUCCUUCAUUCCUUUCUUCUUUACAGAAAAUACAAACAGAGAGAAAAAAGUUUUUUAAGAAAAAAAAAAGAAAAAAAAUGAUAAAUCUCUCGUCUUCCUACCAAACACCAACCUUCUCUACCCUUAGAUUUCAAAUUUCAAAAACACCCACAUCUAAUUUCCCGCCAAAACCCCAUUCCCCACUCUCUAAACCUCUCUACCUCAAACCCCUCCUCUCAUCAAUCCCUCUCCUCCCUUUUGAUCCAAGAAUCUCCCUAUCAAGAUACCCCCAUCUAAGGCGGCCCCGCUUCCGCCACCCACCAGCUGCCCUUCCCUCCCCCCAAUUCGACAGCUUCCAGUCAGUCCUUGAAGCGUCUGCCGUCCUUGCUGCAAUCAUCAUCGUCCAUGAGGGGGGCCACUUCCUUGCCGCAUACCUCCAGGGCAUCCAUGUAAGUAAGUUUGCCGUUGGCUUCGGCCCUGUCUUAGCUAAAUUCAAUGCAAAAAAUGUUGAGUAUUCAAUCCGAGCGUUCCCGCUCGGCGGGUUUGUGGGUUUUCCUGAUAACGAUCCUGACAGCGAGAUUCCGGUUGAUGACGUGAAUUUACUCAAGAACAGACCCAUAUUUGAUCGGGUUAUUGUUAUCUCGGCGGGUGUGAUCGCCAAUAUCAUUUUUGCAUAUGUCAUUAUCUUUGUUCAAGUUGUGUCGUCUGGAUUGCCCGUUCAAGAGGCCUUUCCAGGUGUUCUUGUGCCGGAGGUGCGUGAAUUGUCCGCUGCUGCUCGGGGUGGGCUCCGCCCGGGCGAUGUAAUCCUAGGAGUAAAUGGGGUCCUUCUGCCAAAUUCUGGGCCAUCAACCAUUUCCCAACUUGUCGAUAUCAUUAAAACAAAUCCAGGUAGGAAUGUUUUGCUUAAGGUUGGGAGAGGGAGUGAGGAUUUGGAUAUUGACAUCCUGCCCGAUGAGAAUUCGGAUCGAACAGGUAGAAUUGGUGUUCAGCUGUCCCCGAAUUUGAAGAUCACAAAGGUCCGGCCGAAGAAUCUCGCUGAGGCAACCAGCUAUGCAGGCCGGGAGUUUUGGGGCCUUUCAUCGAGUGUCUUGGAUAGCUUGCGACAGACGUUCCUCAAUUUCUCACAGUCGGCCAGCAAGGUAUCUGGGCCUGUUGCCAUCAUUGCCGUCGGGGCUGAAGUUGCAAGGUCAAGUGUUGAUGGGCUUUAUCAGUUCGCGGCCGUGCUUAAUCUCAAUCUUGCAGUAAUAAACCUUCUUCCAUUGCCCGCUCUCGAUGGCGGGUCGUUGGCUUUUCUUCUGAUAGAGGCAGCCAGGGGUGGGAAGAAGAUCCCUCAAGAAGUAGAGCAGCGGAUUAUGUCAUCUGGGAUCAUGGUUGUUAUCUUGCUUGGGCUGUUCCUUAUAGUCCGCGACACGCUCAAUCUUGAUUUUAUCAAGGAUUUGUUGUGAUGGUGGGCUGCACUUUCAAUGCAAGCUAGCGAGAAAAGAACUCGGUUUGGGUGUGUAGUUCGUGAUUCAAUUCGUUGGGCUUAUUAUAUGAUCGCGAUGAACGGAGCUCAGAUGUUAAAGAUGGCAAAUUCAUGAUUUUCUUUUUUUCAGUAAGCAUUGCUUCUUCAACAAUUCUCUUUGGGUGUUGAGUAUGGUUUAUAAAUUCUCUCUUUUCAUUUCAUUCCCUUGUAAAUUAGUGAUAAUAUUCUUGGAAACUAGAUCAAAAUGCUAUUGUUUGUGUC